AUGCAUGCAAACUGGAAGAACCACACGGCGGCAGCGAUUGAGAGCGGCGCCAUGUCGUCGCGUGUUCGGGCGUCAGUGUUGCUUCAGAGCGCUGCAGCAGGGGAUGCCACCCCGGCCGCCAGCGCACCGCCGGCUGUACAAACACCAAAGGGAGAAGGGCAGCUGGACCAGGCGGUGAGUGAGAACAGGGCCGCAUGCCAUUGGGGAAAGUGAUCAGUGAUUGGCACUCUGACAUGGGGUGCAGGACGUGGAUCGUGCCCUGCGCAUCCUAUCGGCCGUCCCGCCGAGACGCCGAAUGCCGAAAGACAUCGAGGUGAGUAAUACAUCUGCAGGCGAGCACAGCACGGCGGUCAAUCCACUCAUUGUAGAGGGAUAUGUCCCUCUUUCUUUGUGGGUCUGUCACGUCAGGUGUUGCGUAAAGUGCUGGUGACGGCCCGUGUGUUUGCUGACCUGGAGGACUCGGCGCUCAAUCGGCUGUGUCAGGCUGUGUGGUGGUGCGGCACACAUGAACCACAGAAGAGUCCACUGCACGCUCCUGCCGACCGACAGCCGGAACUUAGGCGAAUCAAUCGCCACCUUUCUGUCUGUGUUGCAGGCAGAGGUUCGCCCCCAAACGAGUGGUCGUCCUUGAGGGUGUGGGAUGCACACAUACACAUACAUCAUGUGCACGCAGGGGCCAUUCAUUCUCUCCUCAACAACAUGUUUCUCGCUUUUUUGUGCAGGCGAUGAGUCCGAGUGCUUCUACCUCAUCCUGCGCGGCACUGUCGGGGUCUUCCGGAGGGUGAAAACGCCGAAAGGCUAGUCGCCAUCUACGGCGCAUCUUUCUGUGUGGGUGGCGUGUGCGUGUUGUGCAGAACCAGCGCGGCCGCGAGCAGCACCUGACGGACCUACACGUAAGUAAGUGAAAGCUAGGACCAUGAGCUCACUGCUGUGCGGUCCACAAAGCGCCAUCUCGCGCUCUCUCUGUGUCUUGCUCAUCAGGUCGGCCAGGCGUUUGGCGAAUGGGGCCUCAUCCGAAAGGAGAAAAGGUGGGAUCGACUCGUGCAGACAACGUUGCGAUGUGUGAUGGGACGGUGUGUGUGUGUGUGUGUGUGUGUGUGUUUGUGUGGUGCAGGAGUGCGACAGUCCGCUCCCAGACCGUCUGCGAGUUCCUGGUGCUUGACAAGUACAACUAUGAGACCAUCCUCCUCGCUGCGAGAAACGACCAAGUCAAGAGACAGGUAGACAGACAGGUGGCAGACAAAGGAGAGGCGGGCCACAGGCAGCCAGCCGGCAGCGGCAGAAAGAGAUCUUGCUGUCCCCCUCUGUGUGCACGCAGGCUGCCCGUGACGUUGUCAAGGCCACACAGCCAAACCGCCGCACUGAGGAGGACAUGAAGGUAACCUAGCACGCACCUUGCGGCAGUGUGGUCUGGUCCACAUGACUUACUUGGCGGACGACUGGUGCAGAUCUUGCUCGAGUAUCUGGAGAACCUGCCUCAGCUGGUCGGCGUGCCACUCGAAUCACUGCGAGCGGUGAGUGUCAGUCAGUCAGUCAGUCAGUCAGUGAAUGAAUGAGAACAGCAAGCAGGCCAGGCCUUUUGUUUGUAUUGCUGUGCGUGCCCACACGUGCCUUCAGGUAGCAUCCGGCUGUGAGUGGUAGGCAGGCCAGGCGCGCGUGUGUGUGUGUGUGUGCGCAGGCAGGCAGACAUUAAAAAGGCCAAACGAUGAUAUGGAUGAAAUUCACCUCCCUCGUGUCGGUGUUGCGUGCCGGUUAGGCGUGCUCUAGGGCCCCAUGAGACGCUGUGCGAGGAGACAGACCCGCCAUUGGGCGUCUACAUCCUGCUCAGAGGCACCGUCGGCGUCUACAGAAGGGUCAGGGCCGCAUGAUCUGCUUUGACACACCCCCAUGACAAGUGAAUGUGUCGCCCACCACUACAGAAAACGAGAGGCGAGAUGGUGUCCUUCGAGGCAGAGGAAUCAGGUGCGUGUCGUUGGUGCCACAACCAUCGAAACGGCAAAACAUUUCCCUGUGCGCGUUUGUUUCUUCAGAGGGCCUGCAGCCGCCAGAUCCCCGGCCCCUUGACAACAUCGCUGCAGGUAAAGAGAGCAUGAGACAUACAACAGACACACUUCAACUCGACAGCUUCCCUGUUGGAUCCCAGUCGACCUGGUGAUCGAGCUCAAAGCCGACAGCUUCCUGGGCGAGUGGGGUGCGGCCCGCAACGCUCCACGGCUGGCGUCCCUUGUGGCACUCACCGCCAUCGAUAUCGCCGAAAUACCAAGGAAUAUAUACUACAAUCUACUCAGGGUCAGCGGAUCACUCAAGGAUUGCGUCAGUCAGGGAGACAUGAUGGAAAGCCAUCCAUCGUGUGUAUGUUGUGUGAGUGCCGAUGUGUUGUGUGUUUGUGUGUUUGUGUGUCAGACGGUAAGGUGGCCGACACUGAGAUGGGACAUCACUUCAGAGAUACUGAGCAGACGAGGGCCACAGAAGAGGAAACAUGAGGAGAUAGAGGUGGGUGGGUGGAUGGCAGAUUUUCUUAUUCGCCGCAGUGACGGUAUGUCUCGGCACCAUCAGGCCCUGGUCGACACGCUCGGUGACAAGAGUAUCCUGCAGCCGAUCGACGUCGACGCCAAGAAACACGUACGCAACCAAAGACAGAAAUGCAAUGUGCAGCAAAUAGUGUCUCCGUUCUGUCGCAGCUUCUCAGAAGGGUCACAUGGUACUAACACGGGACAGAACUAGACAGCUGGGGCGGGGCGUUUCCACCGAUCCUCUGACUGUCCCGCUUGCAGGAGACGUGUCGAGAAGGGUGACGCGUUCUACAAACAAGGCGACGACAGUGACGCCGUCUACAUCAUCAUCACCGGCAGCGUCGCAAUAUUCACCGCAGACCACACACGACACGACGAGCCACCUCCCAGUAACCAAGACGAGCAGGGAGAAGGAGAAGGGCAGGAGCAGCCCCCCCAGCGGCCACCAAGCCGACGCCGCAUGUCCCGAAGGCGAGACACCGUCGCCUUCUACAACCGCGAAACGACCGGUUUCCAUCCGCACCGGCCCUCGAAGGAAUAUGAGGUGUCUGUGACGCAGUUCGCCGGAGCGGGAGACCGCCAGGGGGAGAGGACUGGCGACGUGCAGCAGGACAGUGGUGAUGAUGAUGGUGGUGGUGCUGAUGAGAGAGAUGACGACGAGAAAGUGCUGGACAUGCGGCCGACAUCGGGGUCGGUGUUCAUGUACUCGAGCGAGAAGAAGGUGCUGAGGGAAAAGGCCGCUGACGGCGCCAUCUUUCUCUGGGGAGAGGGGUGAGUGAGCUAAACGACAGAGGAAUGGCAUGACAUGGCAUGGCAUGGCAUGCAUCUCAAUCAUGUCUACCUCUUCUCUCCGUCCGUGUUGACUGACUGAUAGUCGCCACCUGGCUGUCACCCCCGCCCCUUCCCAGCCGCUGUCCCGCGUCCUCUCCCGCAAGAACACCACAUUGUCCCGCGCGCCGUCCGGCACACUCACAGACACCCCUAGACGACCCUCCAGGAAAGGCACCUUCCAGCACAAACCCUCACAAGCAUCCUCAUCAGACGCGCGAGGGUCCAUCGACACGGACGGUGGCGGCGAAAAGGGCACGGGCGACAUGCCGCGGGAGACGCUGACAGAGACGCGGUUCGACGUCUUUGUGAAGGGGUGCGGGCAGGGUGACGUCUUUGGCGAGAAAGGGGUGUUUCUGCACGAGGCGAGGGGCGGCACGGCCGUGGCGCUCGACGAGACGGAGGUGGUCCUCAUCCCCAAGAAGGUCUACAACAGCUGCAUGCGGGUCGGGCGGCUGAAGCACAUCAACCGGGAGAAGAACAUGCUCACACUCCAAUCGCCCCCGGAGGAGCGGACAGUGGCCGAGACCCAGGCGUUGUGCGAUUUGCUCAAGGUACAAAUGCGAAGGUGAGGCCCGAAGGGCCGAGCCGAGCAACGACUGGCCACAAUUUGUCUCAAUGCGUGUUACUCGUUGGCUGCCUUUCGGCUGCCUCUCGGAUGAUCACUCAAGGGUGUCAAGGCCUUGGACAUGUUUGAUGCGGCCUUCAAGCUGGAGCUGGCCAAGUGCCUCACACUCCAGAUGGCCGAAGAGGGAGAGACAUUGUUCUGUCAGGUCAGUCAGGUCAGGUGGGGUACCAGACAAGCGUGUGUUGAUGGCUGGGCUGGCUAUGUUGCGGCGUAGGGCGAGAGGGCAGACUCGCUGAUGAUCGUGCUCAAGGGAUGUGUCGGCGUCUAUCUGCUCAAGGUAGCUAGGUGUAUCGUGCAGUUAGCACACCACUCUGCGUAUCAUUGCGUAUCAGUCCCCCCCUGGCGGCGAGAUGCUCGUCGGUCAAAAGCGAGAGGGCGACGUCCUCGGAGGUUUAUAUUGCAACGAACACUCGCACGCACACGCCCACUUCAUCCCUUUUGUUUGUCGUGGUCAUCUAUCCCUCUUACAGAGUUGGCGCUGCUGACGGAGCAGCCCCGAUCAGCCACCUGCCGCGCCAUCAGCAAGACGACCAUGGCACGGCUGGGCAAGGAGGAGUUCAGAAGCCUCGCUGACAAAUACAAACAGGCAGGCAUGAAGGGGAAACAGGACAGCCAGGCUGAGACAGGAAUGUGUGUGCUGUGUCUGUCUGUCUGUCUGUCGAUUGCCUGCAGGUGCCGUGGCGGGAGCAGGUAAUACUCGAGAUAUUGAGGCUGAAACAGCCUGACACUAGGAGCAGCGUCGACCUUGCCCUCAUCUCAGGGCUCCUGGUAAUGUAACCCAUCCACUCACCGACAAACACAGUACAGUCCUUACUGGCCCUUUCUGUGGCCCUGCUAUGCCAGCGCACAUACGAGUUCGCCAAAGGCCUUCCAAACGUAAGCUAUCCCACCGCGAUUCUUCUUUCUAUGCGCCACCAUGUUUCUCUCUCUCCCUGUAUAUGUGCGUGUGUGCGUGUGUGUGGUCAGUCAGCCCUGAUCGAGCUGGCAAGAGAGGUCCGGUGGGAGUAUGCCCCAGAGGGCAAGACCCUCUUCCACCAGGGAGACGUCGGCAACGAGGUCACUCUCACGGACGCCUUCACACACACACACACACUGAGACAGCAUACGCACUGUGCAUUGCUGUCUAUUCUAUAGUUCUACCUGUUGCUGAAGGGCAUGGUCGGCAUCUACAGCCGCAAGAUCAGCAGCGGCUCCAUGCUCCGCACGCUCGUCAGCAUGCCCUCCCUUCAUCACGAGGAUGACUCUCCUGUCCGCCCCAGACACCCACACAGAUACGAGUCACCCCUGUCCUCUCCUUCCGGCUCUCCUACCGGCUCUCCCCUUUCCACUCGCCGCCGUAAAAGGUCAUCGAGGGAGGGGAAGCGAUCGCCAAAGGCAGCAGAGAAGGAGGACGAGCCUCAGGGUGGCUGGGCUCGGUUCAAGAAGGCCUGGAGGAAGGUGACGCUCGUGAGCAAGUUCAUCGAGGGUGCCAAGGAGGGCAAGAAAGCAGCGAAAGCCGGGCCGCUCGGCUUCAGCGAUUCCAAGGCAGCAGCAGCAGCAGCAGCAGGACAAAAAGGGGGGCCGGUGUCUCAGCAGCCGAGGGGCUCUGUGGCGUCAACACAGGGCCGCCGCAGCUUGGCAAUGCGGGGCGUCUCGCCUGGUGUCAAGAAGAUGAAGUCAAUGACAUCGUUCAACCUCUCAUCACCACCCAAUAGCACCAAACGAGACGUCGAGAAGACGGAGAUGAAGGAGUCCUUCUUCGAGAAGCUGAGGGCCCUGCGUGCUGACGAGGAGGAGAGGGAAGCAGCAGAAGCGCUGCAGCAGUACGAGGGUCCGGAUGAGCACGACUCCGACCGAGAGGAUGAAGGCGACACAAGAAAGAGAGACAGCCGGAUGGGCCGCACCGUCACAUGGCAGUCUCGGCUGUCUGAAAGCGCAGCGGCACCCCUGCCCCUGCCCAUCUCCCACCGCCCCUCACAAGCCAUAUCCGACGUCACAUCUGUACUGCCCUCCUCCCCAAGCGACACCUCCCCCAUCUCCCCACCACCUAAGAAGCCCGGCCACUUGAUGCCCAUGAUGCCCUUGCGCAUGCCACUGAGCCAGAGGCUGAUGGUGCUCGCUGCCCGGGAGGUCGGCACAUCCACCUAUCGCUCUUCCCCGGCAGCCAAGCAGCAGCGCCAGCACCAGCACCAGCACCAGCAGCAGGUGCAGUUGUCACAGGCCGGCGUGCUUGCUGCAGACGACGAGAGUCCGAGGGAUGGAUGGGGCGAGUCACACCCAGACGCAAUGACAGCACGGUCGCUCACCCGAGCGUUGGGGCUUGUGCAGGAUGUGUCGCUUUCGACGGUUGAGCCGCCGCGGCUGCUGCCGAAGGACCUUGAGAAGAAGGCCUGGGCUGGGCCACACGAGCCGGAGCUUAAAGGGCCCUUUCCUUCAUGGCUACCGGCUCUGUUGGGUCUCAGGGAGAGGGAGGGAGGCAGGAGCAGCACCGAUGAGACCGCCCUGUCGCUGCACAGACUGCUGGCCGCCCGCGACACCGCUCUGAAGAAGACUGAGGAGGUGCCGUUCCGGCCCAGCACCGCACCAGCCCACCGAGCGUCUGACCUCUCGGCUGUCUCUUCUAUCGUUGAAUCGGGUGGUGACAGGCGGCGGCAAUCGCUCUCGGCUGCACGGGCCAGACGGAUGAACGUGCAAAAGGAAGGGGCGACAUGGGUGGACGUGCACGAGACACUGAGCGGCCUCGACACAUCAGCCCUCGUGCAGCGAUCCAGUGAGGAGGCAAGGAAGGCCUUCGAGUCGAGACAUAGGGCCGCAGAGGAGACAGGAGAUGAACCCUCAGGCAAAUGCUCGCUGACCGUGUCCAUUCCCACCGCCAUCAAGAGGCCCAUGACGGUGCCUCCACGGCUGCCGGGUGUCACCCGAAAAAGCGACCACCACACCUUCAUCACCCAGACAGAGGGCGAGAGGGACCACCUCCAGCAGCCGGAGGAGAGCAUGAGCAUGGAACCGGCAUCCCCUCUGACAAGCCAGUCCACUCCGGCGACAUCAAGUUCGCCGCGCGCCAGCAGGGAGAUCAGUCAGAUGCGGAGCAAGGAGGAGACGGAGCAGGAGAUGCUGCAUGUGCUGGGUCACCGGUUCUGCCCUGCCGGGUACUAUCUGCUGGGCAUACGGCGGGAGGGGGAGUCCUUUGGCGAGAGGGCACUGCUGGUCAUGCAGGAGAGGUCGGCCACCGUCAGGUGGGUGCGUCGAUGGGCGGGAAGGUGGUGUCAUAUGUAUGUGGGCCUCCUUGGCCUUCAGGACGUUGAUGCCAUCGGAGUUUUUGGUGCUGGACAAGCAGCCGUUCGAUCGGAUCAUCAAGGCGGAACUCCACAAGGAGAAAAGAGACAAGAACAAGUUCCUCAAGGUGUACAUCCCCGGCCUCGAUAGGCAGUCUUUCACCACGAGGGAGCGGCUCAGCUAUCUCUUCAAGGUGCGUGCACCCCUCCACCCAUCAAACACAACAUACAUCAUGCGAAAGUCCAUGUCUCAUGCAGGACGAGAGCAAGACAGCCGGUGCAACGAUCGUGAGGGAGGGCGAGCUGCUGGCGUGCCUCUUCAUAGUGCGUGAAGGCUUCUGCACUGCCCGCCGGAGGGUUGAAGUGGGCGCGAGGGGCGGGCCAGGCCCAGGCCGCGGCGGCACCGUCCUGGUCAUGCCGCGAAGGGACCCUCAGAAGAAGCAGGCGUGUACUCGCAAAGAGCUCCUGGCUGCUACCAGGGGGCUCUUCUUCCACAAAGGUGGGACUAUAGAUGCAGCAGGAAGCAAAGCAUGUCUCUUAGUGUUUGUGUUGGUGCGUGUUCGAUCCGAUCCAUGCCAUGCACAUACAAUACAGAUUAUCUCGAUGUGAGUUCAUGUGUCCGCGGCCACAUCAUCGGCCUGUCGUCCGUCUUUCUGGGUCUGCCCGAGCCGUUCACUGUCAUUGCGAGAUCAGCCAAAGUCGACCUCUACGCCAUCUCCGCCGUACGCUCAGAGGCUGUGUCUCACGCGUCUUAUCUAUCUUUCUCUUUGUGGGUACAGAGCGACCUGAGGGCAAAACUGCCCACUUCUUGCUUGGAUCGGCUUGCAGAGCUCGCCAGUCAGGAAAUGCCGGAUGAGAUCGAACUCAGAUGCAACAAAAUCAUCCACAAGUAAGCGCAUGAACAGAACUCUCCCCGAAACGCAUCCAUGCAUUGCAUUCAGGGGGGAGCUCGCGACGCAGCAUCGCAUCCUGACCUCCUUCGGGGAGUGCACCCUCCCCAGUCUUCUCAACUCGCCCUUCAUCCACUUCAAGCUCCACGCCAACCCGCUGGCGCUCCACCUUCUGCUGCUCAAGCAGUUCGAAUGGCGCAAACCCCACUUGAGCAAAGCCACACCCCUCCUCGGCUUCUCAUUCCACUCACUCCGCGACCUGUCACUGCUCGAGAAGGUCUGUCUCGAGUUCGGCAGCUGGGUGCCGCCGGAGUACUCCUCGCUCAAGGACGAGGUGCAGCGGGCGGCCUUCUUCAUGGGCGCGCUUCUGGCCCCUUUCCCGCCCUCUGCUCCGGCGGCUGCGUUGGGUGACUGGCGGGUGGAGAGGGAGAGGGCUGAUCUCGAUGGCAUGGCGGGUGUGGCGAGGCCGCGGGACGCCAUGAGGAGGGACGAGGAGGAGCGGAUGGCCGUGUGGGCUAAUAGGAGGAUCAACGAGGCCAUGAGACAGCUCGGAGGAUCAACGGAGGACAAUAAUCCUUAUCUGCAGCUGCCGCUUGCCCUCCCUCCCCCACUUGGACCUCCUCUUGCACCCCCAGCAGCAGCAGCAGCGAUUGAGGAUGUGCAUCCUGCCGUCCCUCUGCUCGCCAUCUCUGCACCAGCCGAAGACCCAGAAGUGCCUUCAGACAGACGUGGCGAAGAAGAGACCCAUGAGGGGCUCUCCCCCUCCUCAAUCCCACCGCGCCGUCGCAGCACGGUGUCUUCCCCCCCUCCCAGCCACAGGAUGAUGAUAGAGACUUCCACCAAAGACUUCGACGAAACGCCGCGGGACCCGUCAAAGAAGGCCACCCUCACAGAGCAGAGCUACUUCCAGCUGCCAGCCGAGAUAACCGCGCCUUCCUUUGAGCUGGAGCCGCCGGACGAUGAAAAGACUCCCAAGGGAUUGCUGAAGAUCCGGCUGGAGGAAAAGUCCCACAUAUUCCGCGUGUCUAAGGACAAGCUGGAGGAGCUGUGGCGGCCGAAGAAGCCCUCUGUGCGUGUGGAGGGUCGGGGGGAGAGGCGGCCGGGGACGGCGAUUCCGGUCGACCGGCAAAGUGCCCUUGAGGGGCUGAAAGAGGUGCUGCAGGUGCCGCUGGCUUCCAGCAGGUGAGAGUGGGAGCUAGCCUAGCCGAGGCGUUCGCUCGCCCAUGCAUGCAUCUCGUGUCUCGUUCUCCCUGCUUGUGACAGGUCGCUUGCUCAUCGUUGCGUUGUCGUGCCCUCCAAAGUCAUGCGGGACACCGAGCCGCUGGUGCGUGUCCCUCAAGCCACACCACAAGAAAGGCCGCGGUCAGCGAGCGUCCGCAUGACCAUGACGCCACGAGCCUCACCAGAGCCUGCCGUCGCUACUGCUGCCGAAGCGACACCGCCAGCCCCCUCACUGACCGAGCGGUUUCAGGCAGCGGCGUCUCCUCAGCCGACAGUGCCUGAUUUCCCUGUGAUGCUUUUGGCAGAGAUCCCCCGCAUGCCCUCCGAUGCAGGAUCUUCCGUACCCUCGUCGUCGAGGCCUGAAGCGCCGCCACCGCCGUUCAACCCGCCACCAUUCUACAUCUCCAUGGACGAGUCGCAGCUCUAUCGAGCGGGCUCCAUCCAGCACAUGCUGCGGCCAGCCCCCCGGCCGUCGAUCCGCAAGUUUCCCUCACAGCUCGAUUCCACUGCGGAAGACGAGAGCAGACCGCCAAGAGAGCCCUCCCCACCGCCCUCACCCCCAGAGACCAGCCGGCCCGUCACGGCCAAUGUGCCGACUCGGCUGCCAUUGAGAGAGCGCCGGAGAGGGUCUGCAGUGACGCCGAGAAGGCCGUCGGAUGUCCAUCGUGCCGGGGGCGGCGGGAGGUAUGUCUUCUCGCGAGCACUGACAUACGCGUCCGAGACACGCCGGUCGGCCGAUUCGUCCACUCCUGUGUCGGCGCUCCAGCCGGCAGUCCACCGCAUGGGCCUGACACCGAGGAGUGCCAGCGGCAGGAACAGCGCUCUCUCGGGGAUGAGCCACCGAUUCACGCCGGCACCGGCGUCCGCGCGCGAAGCAGUGACACACCCUCGGGGAUCGCCAGACAGCGGCGCCGAGGUGCCAACCGACACGAAGGAAGACGCCGUAAGAGAUGUGAUGAUCCACCUCCCAACUCGGCCAUCGACGUCCACGCACCCGACGAGGCAAAGACGCCUGAAGCGUGCCUCGACAGAUCAAGCGCCAAACGCUGCGGCCGGGCGACGAAGGGGGAGGGGGACAGUGCAGAGGAGCAGCCACGAUGAGAGUGGUGGCAAAGGCGGGGACCAACCCGCUGCAUUCGUAGGUGUGUCGCCGCGAGCAAUGCCCGUCAGCUGAGAAGACUUGGUUGCGCGUGCUCCUGCAAGGCGUGUCCUUAGUAGCCGCCGGUUCAUAAUGGGUGUGUAGAUAGCUGACAGUGUCG